UGAGCUGAUUUCAUUUAUAUCUUAGCUGUGCGAUAUUCCUCAUAAGAUGUCUGGGUUGCGCCAUUGUCUCCUGUGCUUCUGCAUUCUAGGAUAUAAUUUCUGCAGCUCCAGGGCUUGGCAAGUAAAGAUGCCCAGUCAUAUCAAAGGACUGCUGGGUUCCUGCCUUGUCAUCCCUUGUAAAUUUAACUAUCAGCGGUAUCCACCUGAGAGACCGGAUCGUGUUGUUUGGUACCAGUACGUGGACAGUGGAUAUCCUCUAGUUUACGAUAAAUGGCACCCAGGUGAUGUGAUUGCCAAAUAUAAAUGGCGAACGCAUGCAUUUACUUCAGCAUACUCAAAGACAUGCAGUCUAAAGAUCGAACCAGUGAUGCAGUAUGACCACAGUCAGAAGCUUUAUCCCUGGGUAGAUCCAGAGAAUGUUGGGAGAGGGACCUACCGAUUCUGGGACACAACCGUGACAAUUGAAGUUGUCGACAGGGCAGAGGCACCGGAUAUUACGAUAUUUGGAAGGCUGAAAGUUGGACAGACUGUGACAGUACAAUGCAGCGUUUACCACACCUGUUCUACGAAUCCCCCAACUCUGAGUUUCAACAUCCCACUGAAAAACCAUCAACUACGCCAUACGGAGCACGACGCUACAACCAAAACCACUCUGACCACCACUUUGUUCAUAGAGAGAGAUUAUCAAACUGUGACCUGCUCCGUCCGACACCCCGGCGGUCGCACUGCAAGAGCCUCUAAAACCUUAAGUGCAGAAUGCUCCAUUUCACCGUUGACUAUCAGACCUAUGUCAGAUGAAUUUCUCGAGGGAUAUGCGAGCAAAGUGAUCUGCACUGCUACGUACACAUGCUCUAAACAUAUACCGACUAUCACAUGGAACUAUGGUGGCAUGCCAGUCUCCACUGAUACUACCAAGGUACCAGGAGCAGCUCUGUGGAGGACUGUAUCCACCCUGACAUUCACAUCAUCAGCCAACAGCCAUGGAGGAUCUCUGGUCUGCUAUGCACGAUUCACUGGGGGUCUGAUACAGUUUGUUAGCCUCACCCUACGGGUAAAGAGGAAUAUGCUCUCUCGGGGUUGGUCUUUCACCACUCCUGGCAGCGUAACUGGACUGAGAGGCUCAUGUAUCAUCAUCCCCUGCAGAUUCACCUACAGUACCUCCCAGCCUUCUGACCUCCAAGUUAUCUGGUACUUGUACCAGAGCAAUGGAUACCCAGCGGUAUACAACCAAAGAGGAAAUGAAGUUAUUAGUGAGUUCAGAGGGAAAACCAGCUUGAUGGGAUCCGUGAGUGACAGGAAUUGUAGUCUUAAGAUCGAGAGGCUGGAAAUGUCACACAAUGAGGACCGUCUCUACCCGUGGAUAGAUAAGAACCCCAUUACUUCCUACCACACCACUGGCCACUCAUUUUAUGACAAAACCACUCAGCUUAUUGUUUCAGAUCGUGGACAGGAGCCACAGCUGAGCAUCAUCGGUAUCCCCAGGGUGGGAGAACAGAGCAGAGUGUCCUGUAGUGUGCGUCAUACAUGUUUGUCUGCUCCUCCCACCCUCAUCCUCAGUGGUAUACCUGGAACAGACCAGACUGUGGACACUCUGGUAUCUGACGGGAUGUGGGAAAGAACGGUGGCGCGAACCUGGACUGUAGAAGAAGAGCACCAGAGUGUCAAGUGCAGUGUAACCUACCCAGGUGGUCAGAAAGCCUCAAGUGAGCUCCAACUGAAUGUCGAAUGUCCAUAUGAGGAAAUCAAAAUGGUUGAACCGCCCGGCGAGGCCACAGAGGGCGUGGCAAAGAGUGUCAUUUGUGCCGUUUCCUACAAGUGCAGGAGGAAUACACCAACCAUCGUGUGGAACUACAAAGACAUGCAGAGUUCAUUAAAAACCAAAACGAUCUCCAGAGAUACGUACAAAACAGUGUCAAAUCUGACUUUUAUUGGUGCUCUGGAGGAUGAUGGUAAAACUUUGACGUGCACUGCUCAGUUUAGAACUGGGGAGACCUCUGACUCUGCAACUCUUCAUAUAAAAAGGAAUAUGCUCUCUCGGGGUUGGUCUUUCACCACUCCUGGCAGCAUAACUGGACUGAGAGGCUCAUGUAUCAUCAUCCCCUGCAGAUUCACCUACAGUACCUCCCAGCCUUCUGACCUCCAAGUUAUCUGGUACUUGUACCAGAGCAAUGGAUACCCAGCGGUAUACAGCCAAAGAGGAAAUGAAGUUAUUAGUGAGUUCAGAGGGAAAACCAGCUUGAUGGGAUCCGUGAGUGACAGGAAUUGUAGUCUUAAGAUCGAGAGGCUGGAAAUGUCACAUAAUCAGGACCGUCUCUACCCGUGGAUAGAUAAGAACCCUAUUACUUCCUACCACACCACUGGCCACUCAUUUUAUGACAAAACCACUCAGCUUAUUGUUUCAGAUCGUGCACAGGAGCCACAGCUGAGCAUCAUCGGUAUCCCCAGGGUGGGAGAACAGAGCAGAGUGUCCUGCAGUGUGUGUCACACAUGUUUGUCUGCUCCUCCCACCCUCAUCCUCAGUGGUAUACCUGGAACAGACCAGACUGUGGACACUCUGGUAUCUGACGGGAUGUGGGAAAGAACGGUGGCACGAACCUGGACUGUAGAAGAAGAGCACCAGAGUGUCAAGUGCAGUGUAACCUACCCAGGUGGUCAGAAAGCCUCAAGGGAGCUCCAACUGAAUGUCGAAUGUCCGUAUGAGGAAAUCAAAAUGACUGAAUCGCCCGGCGAGACUGUAGAAGGUGUAGCAAAGAGUGUCAUUUGUGCCGUUUCCUACAAGUGCAAGAAGAAUAAACCAGCCAUCGUGUGGAACUACGAAGACAUGCAGAGUUCAUUAAAAACCAAAGAGAUCUCCAGAAAUACCUACAACACUGCAUCAAAUCUGACUUUUAUUGGCGCUCUGGGUGAUGAUGGUAAAUCUUUGACGUGCACUGCUCAGUUUAGAACUGGGGAGACCUCUGACUCUGCAACUCUUCAUAUAAAAAAAUAUGUGAAACCAGUUGAAGAUCCUCAUGAAAAUGACACAUUCCAUGUUCUGGCCGCUGACGUCCCCUUCAGAUUCAGCGCCCUGACCCGUUCCUGUGUGGUCAUUCCCUGCAGUUUCCAGUAUGAAGAGGACAUCCCUCUGACCCGUGGCAUCUGGUCCAAAAAGACAGGAGGCAUUGUCUUCCAUAAUGGCCAGAGCAAUGUCAUUGACCACUUUAAGGGCCGAACCAAAAUACUGGGAGAUCUGAAUGAAGGGAACUGCUCACUGGAGAUCGAUGACAUCAAACCCUUUGACAACGGGCCCUUCUGCUUCCACGCAGAGAAAGGUCAUGACAAAUACAGAUUCAACAACAGCUGUGUGUUUAUUGUCAUGAAAGCUUCCCCAGAAAAGCCAGUGAUGACCCCAGUUCCAGCAGAAGUGGAUGCUGGUUCAACUAUAACUGUCUCGUGUUCGGUUGCACACACGUGUCCGUCGCACCCUCCCAUCUUCUCAUGGAGUGUCCCAGACCUCAGCAGUGAGAUUUCACACACCUUGACAUCGUCAGGCAUCUGGGAGACCAAAUCCACCGUUACUUUCAUGGUUGCCGCAGGAGACGGAGUCAGAAGCCUGACCUGUACUGCCAUCUUUUGGCGUGACAAGCAACAAGCAGGCACAGUGAAGCUGAAUGUGAAAGGAUCACUGAUGUACCAGCUGAGAAGUUCACUUCCAGUGUCUGUUCCAGUCUCACUUGUAGUCCUGAUCAUCAUCACCUUAGCUGUAGUGUUUGGAGUGUUCAUGUGCAAGAAAAGGAAGCACACUGAUGAUUUGCUGACACCACCGCCUCGACCAGAGAAAAGGAGGUCACUGUGGGACAGAUUGUCAAGGAGAUUCCCUGAACAGAGGGAGAGACCUCCGAGGCCAGAAAAACGGAAGUCCAUGUGGAGCCGAUUUACCAGGAGAGCACAGGACGAUCACGUUGGAUGGCAAAAUGAGAGGUCACCAAGGAAGUCAUUCUGGAGCAGAUUUUCAAGACACCAGGGCAACACUGCGAACAUCAGCGUUGGCUAUUUAAGCAACACCAACGCUGUAAUCUGUGACCCUCAUGUUGACAAACCACGCUUUCCAUCCCCUAAGGAUCACCGGAGGCGGCCUCACCCUUAACAGGCUUGGUUAGUAUAGUGCUGUUGUGUGGAUUUCCAAAUGCAGUUCUUCAGGGAUGUCUCGGGAAACACAACAUGCUUCUAUGAGUAUGUUUCUGUCAUUUUAUAUUCAGUGCAUGUGGGGUGGAGAGAUGGUGCAUUUAAACUUCAUUUAGCUUCAUUUCAAUCAGGAAAGACUCAAAAGAAGGAAAGGCUUCGUGAUGUAUUGUACGCGGUGUGGACAGUGAGGUAAAGAUAUGAGGAGUCCUUAGUAACUAGACCUCAUGUUAAGGGCUUAGUGAUGCCAUGAGCUGUACAGGUUUAACAAAGGGAGGAAGGGCCUCUGUCAGCUUAUGUGAUGUGUUACGAGCAGGAAGAGAGAGAGAGAAUGUAAAUAGAUUGCAAUGGCUGAGAUUUCUGCCCUGAUUCAGCUUCAGCAAAGCUUCAUUUAAACAUUUACUUCAUGCUUUGAAGCAUGCAAAAUGCCAAUAAUGUGCUGCCAUGAUACUGAAUUUGCAUCAAAUAUAUGAUAAUAAACAUGAUUUUUUUUCUCAUUUUA